AUGCAGCAGAUGGAGGCUGCAAGAGUGGCUACGGAGGAUGCCCACAGACAACAUAUGGAAGCCCUUCGACAACUAGAACAGAACAGGACAAUUGCACCUGCUUUUGGUCCUGAGCCACGACCUACAGUCAGGGAGAGGAGUCUAGAGGACUUUCUGAAACAUCACCCAGUGAAGUUUGGAGGCAAGACUAGUCCGGACGCAGCAGACCAGUGGCUGAAAGAUCUGAAGAGAAUAUAUGAUGAGAAGAUGUGCCCGACGGAGAACAGAUUAGCCUUCAUAGUGUACAUGCUUACGGGGGAGGCAGAACAUUGGUGGACCAGCACAAAAUCCAUCAUGGAGGAGAGAGGCGAGCCUGUGACUUGGGAGGCAUUCAGAGGGAAAUUCCUCUCAGAAUAUUUCCCAGACAACGUCUGGUAUGCCAAAGAGGUAGAAUUCCUCCAAUUGACUCGGGGGGGGAUGACAGUGGCAGAUUAUGCUGAGAGAUUCAAGCACCUCAGUCGUUUCUACACCCUACCACUUGAUGAGGAGUGGCGAUGCAGGAAAUUUGAGAAUGGUCUUCGCGACUUGAUGGUGGCCCCAUUGUCCAUCAAGGAUUUUACUGCACUAGUGUAA